CCUCUGCUCCACACAUCUGUAGUUAUCAUUCAAGUCAAUAUGCAAGGCUGAAUGGAGAGAGAGAGAGAGAGGGAGGGGGACUGUUGCUAUGAAAAAGGGAAAGUUAGGAGAAACAGUUUGGAAGAAACCAUUCUGACAUCCCUUUUUUUUUUUUUUUUUUUUUCUCUGUGGCUGCCUGCAUGUGAGGAGCCCACCCCACCUCAGCUGUAGUGAGGAGAGCCCAGUCCAGGCAGCCAGCAACCAGCGCGUCUCUGCCUACCAAUAGGCAUGCUCGGCUCAGGCUCUGUGCAGUGCUUCUCAGUCUCAGCAGCCGAAGCUGGGCGCAGGGGAACUGCGACGGCCGCGCCAAGCAUCUUCCCAGUGAUGGCCUCUGCCGAGCAACCGUGCUCCAGCUUCCACCAGCAGCAGCACUGCGCAUAAGGCAACACACCCACCUUUGCCCUCAGCGCCCAGAAGUGAGAGAGACGACCACCAUGUACAGUGUGGAGGACCUCCUCAUUUCGCACGGAUACAAAUUGCCCAAGAGCGGCCCUCCGUCGUCCGCCACGCCUUACGACAAGCGCCCCGCCGACUGCCAGCGCGAACUCGUGGACAACAGGGCCGGCCGGGGGACGCUGAACGGGUACGAGGCGGACCGGGGGGCGUCCAUCACCGGCAUCGCAGGCAUCUACGGCAGCAGGCAGGCGCUGGUGAAGGGCUACCCCGGCAUAGACGGCGAGAGCGGGGAGAGGAACCUGAGGAGGAAAGAAGUCGGCAUCGGUAUCCUAGGUGACGCUCAGCCCUUGGGUGAUUCUCUUGCCACAGAUAGUGGGUUCUACGAUGUUCCUAGUUUGACUUAUUCAGAGCCACUGAGCCAUGAUGAGAGGGAUGUUUCCUACUGGCGAAGACGGGGCCAGGAUUUCAGCAUCCUUCUGGACUAUGCUGAUGGCAGGGAGCUGAGGGCCUCUGCUGGAGCAUGGAGGCCACAGGCCCUGAUCUCAGCAGAGGAAUACAGGGCAGAGAGGCAAGCGCAGCAGCUAUGGGAGGACAUUUCCUGGUUAAGGGACCCAGAUGCUGGUCCUGGUCAGCUAAGGGUGACUACGGAGAGGAAGUGCCAGAGCCUUGGUACAGAGGAGUGGAGGCCAGCUGUGGGCCUGGGGAGGCAACUGUCAGAUGGGGAUGGAGAAAGGUGGGCUCAGGAGCAGUACCGCCUUAGAACACCUGAGGGUUUUUUUCACCCUAGAACUAAAGCAAAGUCUCAGUCUCUCCCCAGAGUUUUGUCACCAGAAGGACCUGACUGCAGAGAGCUCAUUCCAUCAAGGCCUAGCCUACCCGACAGGCAACAGAGAUUAAACAGCACUGUCUUCUCUGGGCCCUACAGUAGGUAUAUCUAUGGUGGUGGCAGGGACCGGUGGGGUAGGAAUAUCGGGCCAAGCAGCCAUGUCGCACUUUUACCAAAGCCCAGGUUCAGUAGGCCACUAAAGCCUCCGUCAUAUGAGAUUCACCAGCAGACAAGGGGUAGCGCAGAAAUGCUUGCUAUAGACCAGGGUGCCAAACAAAAAGACAGAUCUAUCUAUUAUCCAAGGGGUGGGGAUCUGAGACAAGACUAUUUCGCACAACACUCUGCCAUCACUGGAAUGGAGCCUCCUGGCUACAUCCCACCCCCAUCUUAUAAAAGAGCCCCACUCCCAAGAGCAGUUUCAAUCAACCGCAAUGAAAUGGCAAAUUUAAGAUGGAGGGCAGAAGCUUUGCAGAUGCCUAGCUCAGAUCCUGGAAGGUGGUUUUCCAGACAGACAAGUGGCUCGUGGCUGGAACAUUAUGGAGAGCGUGUUGCGUCCUAUCGAAAACAGGUACAUUCUGGACAUGAAGAGCAACCAAGUCAUGCCCGUCAAUUACCCACUGAAGACCCAAGAGUGAAGCAAAUCUCAGGAGGGCCUAGCGGAGCUUCUCUCACUGACUCAGACAAGAUCCGUAACAUCAACAAAGAGAUUCCGCCCGCUAAGAUUUUAGGACAAUCUACACAUGAUAGUGCCUUUCCUCCCCAACAGGGGCCAUCUCUCAAUACUGAAACACGCAAAACAGCUCUUAAUGACAACGAAAGCAGUACUAGAUGGUGCAACAGGGGAAUUAAAAAAAGUGACAGUGUAGCUUCUGAACAAAACCGUAGUCAGUUUUUUCCUUCAUCUAUUCUGGGUAAACCACCACCACCUCCAUGUAAGCCGGCUGAGCAGGGUGUCGCUGAAACUGUGGCAGAAGUAAAAAAGGUGGAACUACCUGAACCACCAGAGAAAGACAAAUCCAAGAAUCUAAAAAAGAGACUUAGCGAAACUAUUUUUUGUUUGGUGUCCGUCCCUGUCACUCCGCAACUAACUGGGACAAUCCGCGAUCAAAAUAACAACAAUGAGAAGUCGCCAGACCCAGCGGACAGCCCUAGUGACAACAAAACUGGCCAUUUAACAAACCAAAGUCUCCAAAGCACAUCAUCGGCUGAAGCUGAGCUGCAAGCACUAACUGGUAGCAUAGCAAGCAGCAAAACAAGCAGUAGAGCAAGCAGCAAAAUGUUUAAAAGAUUACCCUGUAGACCCCCUAAGAUAAAUCACUACAAGGAGCUGAAGCUGUCCGGAUCCUGGCCUGCAAACCAGUAUCGAGACCAGGAGACACAAACUAGCCCAGAGGCCCGAAAACCUACCCCUGACAACAAGGAAGCACAACAAGAACCUGUUACUCCUGGCACGGAAGUUACUCCUGAUAGCAGCGGCGGCGUAGUAGGAACUGCCUUCAGUUUUCCUAUAAAGGGAGUGAAGAGCCUGAAACUGUCAAGCAACAGCGCCUUCUCGCUGACCUCCACCUUCUCCAACCAGCUGAACAAGAGCACAGCUCAGCAGCCAGCAGGACCACCCUCAGGAAAUGUGGAGGAGACUAAACCAGCAGCAAACAGUGGGCAGGAGCCGUUUGAACAGUUCCUGCUGAAACCUGCCACCCAGCGACCAUGGGAUGCUGUAAAAGAGCUGGAGACCAUCAAAAAAGAAGUCCAGGAUCAACAGCAGCAACAGCAGCAGAGCAGCAAACAGCCCAGCGUGGACAAGUGCAUAGAGGACCUCAACGAGGCCUACAAAGACAUCUUGGAGCUAGGCACUGCCAGCAAUAAAGUCCCAAAUGGUUCUGUCCAAAUCCCAGAGCGUAUCAAAAUCCGAUUGACAUCCGAACCUCUCAACAAGCCCAGCAGCCUUAGGCGCAGUGCAGUAAGCUGGUCUGUUGACCCAGAAUACAGGGAAGUGAAGAGCGCCUUCUCCAGGCCUGCCACAAAGUCGGUAACCUUCAGCAAGCAGCUUAGAGAGGAGCUCCCGGUCCCACCUCGGGAGACGGGCUUCAGAGAAUACAGGGUUGUUGCUCAUCUUUCGCGGAGAAGGAGCAACGAUGGCAGGACAGUAAAACUAGAUCUGCCAGAUGAGCCCAUUGAGACGCCACUUUGUGACUUUAGUCCAACAACGCACACCACAGCAGCUGAGGUCCCGUGGGCAGACAGACAGCCCAUGCAGGAUGCCUCUACACUCACUAGUCCUCCUGAUUAUGAGGACAUAUGCCAGACUUUGCGUCAGUCAAGGGACCCAGCAGAUGCCAACAAAGCAUCCACUGGCCACUCCAGACCAAAUGACGCAGAGCUUACUCAAGAUCUCAGUGUUGAUUCAGAGGAGGAGUGCCCCAUUUGUAAAAGAGAGCUUGAGAAUCAGAUGAGACAGGGUCCAUUGCCUCCUCUUCAUGAGGAGAACAGCUCAGACAGCUCAGCCAAUCAAAAUGGCAGUCCACCACAAUGCACCACAUCAGAUAGUCCAGCAGAAGAUGCUAAAACAGAAGAGUCAAACGACUCAAGUGUGAAUCAAUCAGGGUCUGAAACAAAGGAGCAGCAUUCACUGACACAGGAAAACGUGGCAGAGGGUGAAAAAACAGACAAUGCUCAGGCAGCGAACUUGGACAGUUUAUGCACAGUUAAUGCUGCUGAGAGCUUACCAGCAAAUGGAGCUACAGAAGAUGCCUCUUCUGCAUCCACAAUUUUACCAAGUGAUCUGACAGGUCCCCAAGUCACAGAGGAACAGAUUGUUACCGAAAAGGUAACUAAGGACGCAGAGGUAGAAGAAAAGGAAGCCAUUGCAGGAGAAACACCUGAAGGCAGUGCGGGCAAGCAAACCGCCGAAGACAAAAGUGAGGGUAAAGACAACACAAUGCUUGAUGAGAAGCAGGAGGAAGAGAAGAAGCCAUUUGCUGUCCCAGAGCAUAGACUCGGUCAACGGACUCAUCUGGGACGAGACCACCCAGGGUUACCGGAGUUUCCGCCAGAUAGACUGCCACUUUCAGUUCCCCCGAACUUAGAUCGAAGACUAUCUCUUAGCUUGGAAGGGGAGCGGAGGAGCAGAGGCCCCUCCCACAGGAUCGAAGCAUUGCAGAACAAGCUGGCUAUUUCUCCGGGUCGAGUGGCAGUUGAGCGACUGGCUCGGAUGAGAGACGUGGAUGUUAUGUAUCGCAUGAGGCGCUUGAGCAUCAGGAGUACUGACUCUGGGGAGGGGGAGGCAGAGGGGGACGUCAAAGACGAACCAGCAGAGGAGGUCCACCCUGCUCCUCAGGGAGACAAAGAGAACAAUCAAGAGGUCGCCCAUUCACAGCAGGUCCCUGCAGAGACAGUGUUGAGGGAUGAGGAGGAGUCGUCUCUCUCAGAACCCCACAAUCCCAGCGGAGGGAAGACAGUGUAGAAAGACUGCGUCCGUCAUCUCCAUCUGAGGUUUUUAGCUCCAACACUGUGACCUGGCUGCCUACUAGAAUGCCUUCAUCUCAUCUUGACACUGAAAUGGCCUUCUUGUCCGACAAGAGCAUUGUGUACACCCUCACCCUCGGCGCUGCGUUGACUACUAAGAGUGCUGUUCCACUGCCAAAGGGAGGUGCCCCUUUAACUUAUGGGGCAACUUCCACCCCGAAGUCCCUCCCCAAGCCUUCCUAAACUGACUUAACACUACCCCAUCUUUCCUCCAUGCCCAGGCCCAUUCUCUUAUAGGGUUUCUACUAGUUAGUCUUCUUGUAGCGGCUUGUCCUUUCUAUCCUAUCCUCCCUAUGCUUUUCUCAUUGGCAGACAUUAUGCAAUUCUGUCGUGCAAACUAGAACUUCUCAAACGUCCAUCGCGGAAAAAACAUGUUUUUUCGCAUUCUGAACCUGUUUGUUUACGGGCGAGCUGUUAAGGAUAUGAAUGUAAGUGUUUAUGUUUAAAGCUAUUGUAGACGUAGAAGGGUUUAUUGUUCUGUUGCAUUUAAAACUACACCAAAACAAACAAUCUGAUUGUGGUGAGGCGACAGCUGUUUCAGAACUGGACAUCACUGUCUUUGGCUAAAGAACUGUUUUUGAUUUUCAGACGAGAUAAAAUCAGCCUUUCUUUCUUUGUUAAUUUAAUGACAUUGUGCCCUCUUCUCAUUGCUUUUGUACACACUGCAACCAUAACCCGUUAACGCUCUUCAGUGAAGAGUGACUCUAUACCACAUGACAUGAUAGAUCAGCGACCUACCUUGGUUCUACGCUGGAGAGUGAUAGUUGCCUUUUUUUUCUAACCAGAUGUGUAAUUCCUGGUCGGAUCGGGUGAAGUCUCUGAUUAGUCUCCUGAUCAAUCCAAUGUAUAGCUCCCAUUUCCAGGUAAUUUCAGGAAGCAAUAAAGGCACAGAUUGAGAGCUGAAGUGGUGGUUGGCAACUUUGAUAAACACUACGGAUGGAUAUUGGGGUACAGAACAACAGAAAAAAAACAAAAAAAAAAGAUUUGUAGAGCAAUAUUGUUGUACAAACAGCUCAGUGGUGUAGUGGAGCUACCUGUAGGAACCAUUGUCUUAAUGUGAACAUGUCAUUCAGAUCAUAUUACAGGGAAAUGGAAUCGUGUCAGGGUAUAUGGGCGCUUAACAGUGGGGGUGGGUGAUUUACUUCAUGUAUGUAUGUAUGUGUGUGUAUGUGUGUGUGUGUGCGCGUGUUCAUACAUCUGUACCGCGAAGAGACGACAUUUCACGGAAUAUUUAUUUUUGUUAUCAUCGAAUUGUUAAUCAGUUUGCAUAAUGUACAAAAUAAAAGUAUAUUUUAAAUA